CGCAGAAUUCGCCUCGCCCAAAUCGACCGGAGAAACGAGGUAAAUAAAUCAAAAUGCAACGAGUUAUUUCGCGAAGUCUGCACCUCAGCGCCUGCAGCAGGAGCUCGCAGCGGUACUCCGAAACGAUUGACCGCAUCAUCCGGGUUGACCAUGCCGGCGAGCUGGGCGCCAAUCAGAUCUACAAGGGUCAGCUGGCCGUCCUGGGCAACACCAAGGCAGGAAAAACGAUCGAGCACAUGUGGGAACAGGAAAAAGUUCACAAGGCAGAGUUUGAUCGGCUAAUGAACAAAUACCGUGCCCGACCGACGGCUUUGCUGCCCCUAUGGAACAUUGCCGGGUUUGCCCUGGGGGCCGGAAGUGCCCUGCUCGGCGAAAAAGCGGCCAUGGCAUGUACGGUGGCCGUCGAGUCGGUGAUCGUCGAGCACUACAACGAUCAGCUGCGUGAACUGAUGGAAAAUCCGGACUUCAAGGAUCACGAACUGCUGGCUACGAUCCGGCGUUUUCGGGACGAGGAACAGGAACACCACGACAUUGGCAUGAGCGAGGGGGCCGAACAGGCUCCGUUCUACAAGGCGUUGACCGAUGUGAUCAAGUUCGGAUGUCGGACGGCGAUAAAAAUAGCCGAACGGGUGUGAACGGUUUGGUUUGGCUUACACUGAGAAACUAUAAAUUUUCGUUUAUUUAUCACAACAAAAUACA